GCGGACGACGAUAAGCCGGCCGGGCACGAAACACUCUAGAUUGAGCUAAAAAAGCGAAUUAUUGGCUCCCGCUGAGAGUUCUUAGGUGCAGAUUGUAUCUUCGUCUAUUACCGGCCUGUAUUUCACUUAUAAAUCGUUAAAUUACAAAGAUAAUGCGAUUUGGACCUCGGUUCGUAAUCCUCGGUGGAARCGCUAUGCAGUUGGUGUCAAGUUUGGUUCAGGAUUAUUGUAGCUUCAAAACCGAUUUAUAUGAUCAUUGCAGUAGUAUUGGUAUGAUUUCAARCUUUGUUUCUUAGAGUAGUAGCUAGAAGUGCUUACCGGAACUACCGGUGGAAAAAGAAUUCGAAUAUUUUGAGUUUCAGUUGCGACCUGCGUUUGACUACAAUGAAGUCUUUGUCGUGUCAGUGACUUCUAAAUCGCAUACRACUACAGAGUUACAUUUUGAAUGAUAACAUCAGAAUAUUGUGCUAUUAGCCAAUUAUCGACCUAUCAAUGGCAGUUUGUCAACGUUGUUUUCAUCACAAACAAGCGUGAUAAUAAUCUUUACUUAAAAUCCGAACUGAUCUAGUUUUAAAAUAUCUCAGCUAUUUCGACCAUGGAGAUGUCACAGCCUUCCUAUGGAUCAUCGUCAGGAAAAAUAAGAAAAUUGGCCAUAGCUUUUUUCGUUUUCGGGUUUAUUCUUGCUGUUGUUGGGAUAGCUCUUAUUACGGUUGGAAKUUUGAAGAAUACUUGUGGAGAAGCGUCGAAGCUGCCUCUCGAAGGUCAAGAGAAACAAUGUGCGUACUCCACUGAGGCUAAGAGAAGCGGCUUUGACAACUUYUUAGACAAAGUUAAAAAGACUUACUUCGAACUCCAUCAAUCCAAAGCUGCGUUCAAUCCAGACAAGAGGAAAACAACCGACAUGAAAGGAUUCUUAGAGCACGUGAAGUCCGUGUACACUGCUUAUAAUCCUACACCCAGCAAAAUCAAAGAACAUACAGAUAUCGCAUGGAAGCUUCUGGAGGAGAUUAAGAACUUAGAUAUUGAUAAAGAGAAGCUUAGAGCCCGCGAAAGAAAAGCUUUAGUUCAAGUCAGGUUAUUUCUUAAGCAAGUUUUUGGAAUGCCAUAUGAGGUGAACUAUUACAAUGGAGACUGGAUGUUGGGGCCAGAUAUGUUCUGUUAUAGCCAGAUAUGUUACAUAAGCUACGAUAUCUACGGGGCAWUACUCUACCACAAGCCCUUUAACCUUAAAGAUGUUGAGCUUAUCAAGACAAAACUCGUGUCCAAUAAAGUGGCUAUUGAACAGUAUGUUAAGAACAUGAAAAUGGGAGUUGAAAAAGGGAUGGUUAGGAAUGUGGAGUCGUGUAAAGCGGGGAUAGAUGCUUUCAAGCAGAAUUAUCUACAGAUUGCGUUGAACAAUGAAACUGGUGUUUUGAAGGAAUGGUUUGUGUCAGAUCUAUUGACACCAUUGUAUUAUAACAACAUCACAUCAGCCAUGAAUGAGGAAUGGAAGAACAACCACAAUAAUGUGAAUGUCAGCGAAUCAGUGAAGGGAUAUCUCGUGGAAUAUAUCGGUAAACCAAUGGUCGAGCUGUUAAGGUAUCUUCAACAAGAGCAUCUGCGUCACUGCGUCCCCAGUUCUGUGUCUAGCGGUCUUGCCAACCUUCCUCUCAAGUACGUGUACACAGACGGAAUAGCUAAUCAUUCCAGACCAACAGACCCCACCCUACCCCUGACAGAUAAAGUUUUGAAUGGCACGAAAUUCUAUGAAAUGGUGAUGCCGUAUUUCACGACUAAUACUAUGACGCCAAUUGAGGUUAACAAGCUGGGAUACGAAAUGUUGGAUAAACUUUACCCGAAGGCCGUUCAAGUCGCCAGAGAAGUCACCAAAAUAUACAACGACAACGCCACAGCUGUAAUGGAGUUCCGUAAGAUUCUGAAUUCAUCAGAUAGCUACUUCAACAAAAAUCCAUUCCCACAGAACGAAAGCAACGAAGAGGCUCACAAGCUAUGCAGUGAUGUGCAAGGUGCUAAAACAUACUGUCCUACUCGUUGGCUAACGAUACAGAAAUGGUUCGAAGAGGCUAGGAAGGUGAUGAGUUUGUUGGAUCCCAAGACAGUUAACAUGUUCUACUUCACUGGAUCUAAACACACCACACCCAAUUGUCCUGUGGAUUUGAAGCCCGAUCUCAAUCCCUCUAGUGGUGCCCAGAGCUACUCGGCCAGCAGCAAGACCUGUUCCACAAGUGCUUCGUAUUACAUCCCAUUCUUCCUGGAAAGAAUGGGCCCAAGGUUCUCUGAGUGGAGUAUUAAUGCACAUGAAGCAAGACCAGGCCAUCACUUGCAGGUGCAAGGGAGUGUCGAGCAUUUUGGAGACAAUUGCAAAGAUUCAAUUGGUUGGUUGGAUAAAAAGAACUCCUACACUGCUUACGAUGAAGGCUGGGGACUGUAUGCAGAAAGUCCAUUGAUUGCUGAGGAUACUGACACUUAUAAAGACGAACCGAUGCAGAGAUAUGGAAUGUUACAGAUGCAGAUAUGGCGGGCAAUUCGUCUAAUAGUAGACACUGGUCUCCACUAUACGGGAAUGACAAGGUCCCAAGCCUUACAAAUGCACAGCGAGAAAGCCUGGGAUGACACAGACGUCGCAAAGAAAGAAGUGACUCGCUAUCAGAGCGUUCCUGGACAAGCCACAGCAUAUAUGAUUGGUCAACUAGACAUCAUUAAAAACAGAAACUUUGCCUCAAAGCAACUAGGAAAAGAAUUUGACCUGAGGGACUUUCACUAUCAGGUGUUAUCCCAGGGAUCUUCACCGCUAGAGUACCUCACGGAUCAGAUCCAUCGUUAUGUUGAAUGUAAGAAAGAUUCCAGCAAGACCGGCUGUGAUGAAGUUCUUCGUCCGCCCAAAAUAUCCUCCACUAAAUCAAAAAAACCUUCUUUGGACGAUUUCUUGAGGCCUAUUAAACGGCCUGAUAAAAGACAUUUCUUUUAGGCCCAUCUAAACAAAUGAAAUAUCCUGGAUUCAUCUCUAAUUUUCUUUUUUUCAAUUGCAUUUUGAAAGUUCCAUAUACGACUUUCACAACUGCCUGCUGCUAAUUUGCAUAAACAUUAAAAAUCAAUGUUUUUGAAGUGAAAACCCUUUUAAAUCAUUGAUCUUGUUGAUUUAGAUAAGGCGUGUGAGUUUCUACUUAAAUUAAUAAAUCCUUUACAAGAUGUGAGCAUGGUAUGCAGCCAAAUUCUACAAAAUUCUCUGGAAAUAGUUUUCGUGAAGUAUUUUCUCAAAUAGCAUUAAUAGUUUCUGGUCAAAAGGCUUCAUUUGCUCUAUCUGAAAAAACUGAGUUAUGAAAGUCGUCUAUAGACACCUAUAUUAUAUAUUAGAUCAUUAGUUGAUUGAGAUCUGUCUGAUUCUAGCUUGUUUCUGCUUUGUUGAUUUGAAAACACAAGGUCCUGUUACACUCUACAGUCGUUCAGGAAAAAAAUUCGGUUACAAGUUUUAACUUUAACUUUAAAAAGAGUGUAGAAAAUAUAGCUCUUUUUCAGUUUAUGCAACAUGAAAUCGAAAAAUACCAGUUGAUUGAGCGUCUGUAACACGGAGAAAGCUCUGAAAUAUUUUCGCGAGACAAAUUUUACAAGAAACAGUAGCUUGACAGGGCCUUCGGAUUGCGAAAAGACCAUCAUUGUUGACAUGAAUUAAAAUAUACUGAUAUAUUUA